AUGCCUCUGGGAUUCCCCCAGAAAGAGCCGACCGCAAUUCCUUCCUGUUGCCCUGGUGGCCCUACUUCCUUCCUUCUGGAUGGGGGCCCACGGGGAUGGGGUGGGUAUAAAGGGCCAGGCGGAGAGCACCCAGGCACAAGACGCUGCACUGCCAGGACUGGGCGACGGACUCUCGUGGACAGGAGCCUUGGGACUCACCAUCCAAAGGCCAUGCUGCUGUGGCUGACUCUCGCCCUCCUGUGGAGCACCACCUGCUGGGCAAAGCAGAUGUAUGGGGAAGGAGGAGGCAAAUAUUUCAGCACCUCCAGCGACUGUGAAAUCACCGGAAUCCGGGUGGCUGUGGGUCUCCUGGGCCUGGUGAAGAGUAUCCAGGUGAGAUGUGGCGUGUCCUGGAGCACAGUGUUCGGCGCCCCAGGUGGGACUACCCAGGAAUUCAUCCUGCAGCCAGGAGAACACAUCCAAAUGAUCUAUGGCUCCUACAGGGUGUUUAUCCGGUCCCUGAUCAUAUCCACAGAUCAAGGGCGCUAUGCCACGUUUGGGAAGGAAAGUGGCAACACCUUCAUCGUCUCCCCCAGUGAGGACGGGAAGGUGCUCACGGGAAUCUGUGGCCAGCAUAAGCUUUUAGGCCUUUCGGGCCUCUGCUUUGAGUGGGACUACCCUCCAGAGGAUGAGGAGUGGACCACUGAACCAAACAGUACUAGAGACACGCAGUGCUCCAGCUGAGCCAAGGGGGCUGAGAAUAGCUGAGUCUGGGCCUCAAAUUGGAAUCUGCCAAUAAAUAAAGCUUC